UAGUUGUUUUGAGUUUCUACAUAGAAAGAGGUGUUGGCUUUAAGUUGUCAGCCUGCAAAGGUAUGCAGCGCUCUUAGUGCUUCAUUAUAAGAGGGACUACAGGCCAAAUCAUGAUGCAGCUGAGUAAUGGAUCACUUGCUGCUAUGACAUGUCCCAUACAGCAGGUGGCGGUGAGCUCCAACUUUGGCCCGCAAAAGUCACGAAGAAGAAAAUGCUGUUAUCACUUCCGCAACAACUGACAGUGCAACAACAUGGAAGCAAUGGCUGAACAUAGCCGUGAAACCCGGGUUACCGGCGAAAGUGUCGCAGACAAGAUACAAGAACGGCUUCAGAAGCGGCACCAGGCGAGGGCAGAGGAUGCCGAGAGGAAGAAGGAAGCUAAAGAGAGCCAGUCCGUCGCCGAGGAAAAGAGCGAGUAUUUCGCCAGCACUUUCAACGCAGAGCAGGCCUCCAUCGAGGAGCUGCUGUCCAGCUGCUCCGGAGCGGACCGGACGGUGGUGACUCAAACACUGGAGGAGGCGACGGUCAAAACUCUGCAGCUGCAGAAAUUUCUGAACGACAGCAUAUUGUUUCUGACGCAGUACGAGCUGAGACGAGCCCAGGAUGCUCUGCAGAAACUCCUUGCCUCCUCCGCUGAGAUCAGAGAGGAGGCUCUGCCCAAGAAGAAGUUUGCCUUUAGAGCUCGCAGUAAAGCAACAGAUAAGGUAUCUGCACCCCCAGUGAUAGACACACCUGCAGGUACCGGUAGCACUAAGGUGGUUGGAGCUCCUGCAGAGUCUUUGCAGUGCUGUUUCUCCAACAUGGACAAUGUGUGUCUGAUAAAGACAGCCGAGGACAUCCAUAAACAAGACGUGCUGUUGACUCACCUGAAUAACUGCAAAGUGCGUCUGUUUGGAUCUCCUAGCACACUGCACAUGACUCACAUCAACAACUGUGAGAUCCUGUGUGGUCCCGUGUCAAGUUCAGUAUUUGUUGACCAAUGUAGUAACAGUACUCUGGCCAUCCCUUGUCAGCAGCUGCGGACCCACAACACCACAGACACACAGGUAUACCUGCACGUCACCAGCCGAGCCAUCGUAGAGGACUGUCAUGGGGUUCACUUUGCCCCGUUCACAUGGUCUUAUCCCACCCUGGAUGAGGACUUUAUUGUGUCUGGAUUAGACCGGGAUCGAAACAACUGGAGCCAGGUAGAUGACUUCAACUGGCUCGCUGCAGGAACGCCUUCCCCUAACUGGAAUGUCAUCCCAGAAGCAGAAAGGAAAACCAACUGGGAACUCUAGGUUUUAAUUCCAAAACCAUAACUUGUAACUAAAGUAACAUGUCAAACAAUGAAAUCUUUAUGAAAAGUUCAGCAAAAAUGCAUCUUGUCUGUGUUAUUUCACAGUUGCAUGAAGGUUUUCAGUAGGUUGUCUGUUAAAUCAAAAAACAUGUUUAAAGGCCUACAUUCUUUUGCUUACACGUCGCAAAUGCAAAAAUGAGUCCUCAUAAAGAGAAUGCCGGACCCCUAAUGAUUAGAUUUGAACCCUAUUUGGAAAUGUUUUUUCCGACCCAGUAUGAGCUGAUACAAGCCUAUGUAGGCAAUUUGUACUUUUUGGGUGAUCGCAGCCAAUAUUACUUGUUGUAGAUGGUCUCAUAUUUGUAAUGAUGGAUAUGGCAGCCAAUGAUUAACAAGAAACAAAAGAAACUGUUUAAUUUCAACUGUUAACAUAUUCAGUUUAGUAAAUAUCUUGGUCACAAAAUAUAAGAGAUCUUUUACAAAAAAGAAUUUCAGAAUUUUUUUAAGUAUUUGAAGAUGAAUCUCCUGUUGGCUGACUAAUCAUUAAUUGAUUAAUUGUUCUUAAUUUACUCAAAUAUUGAUACCUGUCCUAAAAGCUAAGUAUUAGUCAAUCCUGAAUACCAGGUAAUCUUACAGGCAGAAUUUCUAACUGUGAAUCUCCUGCAGAUAGAUUUGUACAGAUUUCACUGUAGUUAUUUUAAGAGGCACAAUUUCCUUGUCAAUUGUCAAUUAAAUUCUGGCUUGAAUAGAAUAUUCCGAUGGGAAAACUUCUCUAAAAAAAACAUGGACCAAAGAAUUUACUUAAAAAUCGACAAAGAACAUUUAAAUUAAGAAUGCUUGUUUUUGUUUCCUUGUCAUUUUAAUAAUGAUAACAACUUGAAACUUAUUGUUUAAUCUAAUUUAAUCUACAGUCACAGAUUUAAAACAACUCAAACUGUCACCCAAAGAAUCAACUCAAAAGCACUCAAUGCUUCAAAAGCUGUUUUUAUUGUUAUUAUUUAAGGGGAAUAAAAGGCCCAGUAAUGAUCCCAUGUAGAAAUGCUGUGCCUUUAUGCUGCUGGCAACCACCGACCCUGAAUGGCACUGGCUCUGAUCUACAACUUACGACAAUACCUUGUCUUAGCUCUUGAAAAGUGCCAUUAAAAUGAGACCAAAAUAAAACGUAUUCCUGCUUUA